CACUGAAAUUUAGAUCAUGGAAGCUGACGGUAUAGUAAUAUCUCUUCCCGUGGAUUUCCUUCAUGAGGCAUUGAAAUCCGGUUUUAAAAAUAUCCGAUGGACCUGUCUUUUUAAUACUCAUUCCUGUGAUAUUGAAACGAGAGUGCAGAAGACAAAUUCUCAUGAAAGGACACUACGUUUGUCUGUAAAUAAAUCAGGAAAGCGAUUCGACUUUUCGAAUGCCUUGGAAAUAAACAUUACUGACAUUCACAUAAAUGAUCAUCAAGUCAACAAACAUCAAGGAUGUCACAUGAACAUAGAGUUGUCAAAUCUUUCAGGUUCUAUUUCUCCAGAUACCCCAAACCAGAAUCUAAAGAGAAAGCGAGGUAGGCCAAGAAAGUCUGCUUCAGAUGAAGGAAAACAGAACAUUGUGCCACUGGAAACAGAAGGCAAGAGGUACAGUUUACGUGGAGUGAAGAUUUCAGAGUCAAUUAUGAAUGCAGAAAAGGGGAUCGAGAGUAAUGGAAAUGGCAGAGACAGCAAUGUGACCCUCUCAUCAGCUCACAAUCAGAGUGAAGACACAGUGGAUGCUUUAGAUCAUACAGCUGUUGACACUGAAGACCUUAAUGCCUUGAAAAUAUUUGAAAGUGAGGAGGAUUUAAGAUUAACUGCAAAGGGAAGUGUAAGCAGUGAAUCUAAAAUUGAAGACCUACACAAUAUCAAUCAGAACAAAUCAGUUGUUCAAGGAUUUUCUGAUCAACUUUCCAGUAAACCUUCAAAGUCUUGUGAUUCAAGGAAGAUUACAAACAAACUAACACAUGAGAGCAAUGAAAAAACACAAAAUUAUGUUGAAGGUCAUAAUGAUUUUUCCAAGUCUAAACCUUAUAUCUGUCAUAGAUGUGAAAAGUCUUACAAGAAUUUUCAAACCUUGAGAAAUCAUAUCAGAUAUGUGCACAGAAUAACAGGCCAACAAAAUCACUGCAAACUUUGUCCUGCCAAGUUCAAACAUUUAUCCGUGUUAAAACAACACUGUGAUGAAAUCCAUAGCAAGAAAAUUAACUUUACAUGUACAAUAUGCAAAAAGGACUUUGCUAGAAAGAAUCAAUACAACAGACACAUGCUUUCUCAUGGUGGUGAUAAAUCAAAACUUUUAAAUUGUCCACACUGUGAGAAGGGAUUUUGGUUUAGAUACAACCUUACAAGACAUAUUGAAUUAGUACAUAAGCCAUCUGCAGAGAACUUCCAUUGUUCCUACUGUGGAAAGGGUUUCAAUCUCAAGGCAGCCAUGGUUUCUCAUGUACAACAUGUUCACUUUAAUAUUUUUCCAUUCCAGUGCAGUGUUGAUGGUUGUAAGAUGGGGUUUUCUCGGCAGAAACUGCUUAUGGAACACAUGCAGCAGUCACAUGCUGAUGUAACGUAUAAACCACCACAGUUAUCCAGAGGAAGAUACAAGUACGGUAGAAGUGAUGAAGAUUUGUUUUUCUGUUCUCACUGCAGAGUGAGCUUCUGUUACAAAGCCAAACUAGUUGAGCACAUGCACUUUGCUCACAAUGACUCCUUCCCUUACAUCUGUGAUCAAUGUUCACAAGGAUUUGUGGAGAAAUCUUUCUUGUUACAUCAUCUCAAGUAUGCCCACAACCAGAAUAUAGAGAACAAAGAAAUCGAGCAAGCAAAAGAAACCGUAGAAGAUAUGGAAGAAUUGACAGAGAUAGAAAAAAGGGAUGUCAAUUGUAAGAUUAUAAUGGUGGAUGAGGCAGGAGAAGUCCUUCAGAUCUGUCAACCAAUUGCCAAAGACACGACUGCUACAUUAGAGAUGCCAGGGACAUUAACAAAUACUGAAGAAACUGUCACUUUGUCAUAUUCCAUGACAUCUGAUAAUCAGGAGGGAACAGUACAGUAUAUAAUUCAACCUGACUCUGAUCAAACAGCAGUUAUCCCACAGGAAAUUGCAGACAUUCUUCUGUCUGGUGGCCAAACAAUAAUCACUCAUCAAGCCAACAAGGACUCAGAAACUAGUGACAUCACACACGAAAGUGAACAUGAUGACAUCACUGACUCGGCAGACAGUACAGACUUUGUUGUUGUAAGUGAUCAGAUAGAAUGAGUCAAUGAAAAUUUUCAAACAAAUGCUGCAUCUACUGAUGAAAAACAAAAUGGAACUCGACACGAUCCCAAGCAGUCUGGGUGCAACACAAGGAGCCUCUUGUAUCACAGUGGACAACAGUAAUAUAGAAUUGGAACAAUAUCAAUAACAGUUAAUGAAUAUUCAUGAUCCUGUUACAUUAUUUCAGUGAAAUAAAUUUGAGAAGUCUUA